AUGAAGUUCUUCCAAUCAAUUCUGCCACUUCUUAUUAUAGGAGUUGCUGCUUCGCCAGUACCCGUUGAGAUCGAACGGAGCACUCAGUAUGGCGAUGUCGCCCACGGAGAGGCACGCCGCAGCGACGUCGAUGCUUUAGGCGAUGUCGCCCACGGAGAAGCUCGCCGAACCACUCCCGGUGACGUUGCCCACGGAGAGGCUCGCCGAACUACUCCCGGUGAUGUCGCCCACGGAGAGGCUCGCCGCAGCGACGUCGAUGCUUUAGGCGAUGUCGCACACGGAGAGGCUCGCCGAACCACUCCUGGUGACGUCGCCCACGGAGAAGCUCGCCGAACCACUCCCGGUGACGUUGCCCACGGAGAAGCUCGUCGAACCACUCCCGGUGAUGUUGCCCAUGGAGAGGCUCGCCGAACUACUCCCGGUGAUGUCGCCCAUGGAGAGGCACGCCGCAGCGACAUCGAUGCUUUAGGCGAUGUCGCCCACGGAGAGGCUCGCCGAACCACUCCUGGUGACGUCGCCCACGGAGAGGCUCGCCGCAGCGACGUCGAUGCUUUAGGCGAUGUCGCACACGGAGAGGCUCGCCGAACCACUCCUGGUGACGUCGCCCACGGAGAAGCUCGCCGAACCACUCCCGGUGACGUUGCCCACGGAGAAGCUCGUCGAACCACUCCCGGUGAUGUUGCCCAUGGAGAGGCUCGCCGAACUACUCCCGGUGAUGUCGCCCAUGGAGAGGCACGCCGCAGCGACAUCGAUGCUUUAGGCGAUGUCGCCCACGGAGAAGCUCGCCGAACCACUCCCGGUGACGUUGCCCACGGAGAGGCUCGCCGAACUACUCCCGGUGAUGUCGCCCACGGAGAGGCUCGCCGCAGCGACGUCGAUGCUUUAGGCGAUGUCGCACACGGAGAGGCUCGCCGAACCACUCCUGGUGACGUCGCCCACGGAGAAGCUCGUCGAACCACUCCCGGUGAUGUUGCCCAUGGAGAGGCUCGCCGAACUACUCCCGGUGAUGUUGCCCAUGGAGAGGCUCGCCGUACCACUCCCGGUGAUGUCGCUCACGGGGAGGCACGCCGCAGCACCAAAUUUGGCGAUGUCGCCCACGGAGAGGCUCGCCGAACCACUCCCGGUGAUGUCGCCCAUGGCGAGGCGUAA